AUAUCGACGCCAUCUUGAAAUUGCGAACGCUGCUAUUUUCGUUCGCUAGGGACUUUGAAGUUAGCAUUUAUCUGCUGUAAUCUUCGCCAUCCCUGAGAAAAACAACAAAGUAGCAGUUGCUGCCACCUCUUUAGUUAUUCCCAACUGAGCAGGCAAGGGGGCAACUUGCUUGUUCCUUGGGUAGCUGCUGUAGCCCAAUGACACACGCAGCAGAAUGUCUGACAGGUCGGUAACAAGCAAAGGGAAGGAUGGCAAGCAAAAGUACUCGUCCCUCAACCUCUAUGAUACGUACAAAGGAAAGAGUGUAGAACCCCAGAAGACAACAACAAGCCAUGGCCGUGGAUUGCAGAGUCUCGGUAAAGUCGGAACAGCACGUCGCAUGCCCCCUCCAGCUAACCUCCCCAGUUUAAGAAGUGAAAACAAAGGCAACGACCCCAAUAUCAACUUGGUACCCCAAGGCGGAACAGGAUGGACAGGAGGCAAGGGAGACAAAGCAGAAAGUUCGUCUGGAGAUCAGAAACCAACCACUACCCAACCAGGACCAACAUCAACCCCAGCAGCACCAGCGCCAGCGCCAGCACCAGCGCCCCAGUCAGCCCCAGACAAGCAAGGGGGAGCGGCCUCAUGGAAACCGGGUGCUGCGAGUGCACCAGAAGGCGCAAGUGUUCCCGCUGGUCCAGUGGAGAACGUUCCCAGGGGCUUCAACAGGGAGUUCCCCUCCCUCCAGGCUGGAGCCCCAACGGAGCCGCAACGCAAAGAACCACCAAAAGAAGUACAGUAUGGGCCCGGACCAAGCCUUCGUCCACAGAAUGUAGCAAGCUGGCGAGAAGGCGGCAGCUCCCUCAACAAAGCCACUGGCAGUGGGACGGGGGCGGGGGCGGGGCCCAGCUCAGGGGCUGGGCCCGGCGGGGAGGGGGAAGGUGGUAACCAGAUGAAGGACAAAGCACCCAUGAUGCACCCCAUGGCGGCUGGCCACCUACCCCCUAAUAUGAACGGGGGUCAGGGUGGCCCCCCUCCCCCGGGCCCCAUGCCCCCGCAGUUCAGGGGAAUGAUGCCACCCUUUAUGUAUGGAAGAGGAGGCUUCCCACCCGGCGGUCCCCCAGGCCCUGGGGGUCCCCACCCCGGGGGUCCAGGUGGCCCUGGUGGUCCACGUGGACAUUACCCAAUGGGCUUCCCCCCAGGAAUGCAAGGACCACCCAGGCAGGGCUACCCUCAGCAGGAUCAAAGACAAAUGAAACCAGGCGGACCAGGCAGAGGCCCCAACAAUCCCGACCCCAGGGCCGGAGGGCGCUUCCAGAAGACGACCAUCGUCAGUGCAGAGACCCUGCAGCAGCUGGACCACCUAGACCAACCCACGAAGACCAUGGAUGGCUGGGCAACGGCCCAUGGAGAGGUGGACUACUCCGCCAAGCUGGUGUUCAGCGACGAGGAAGAAGGCCACAAAGGAGAAAAGAAAAAAAGGAAUAAAGAUGAUGGCAGUCAGCAACAGAGACCCCGUGAUGCAAGAAAUGACUCUGCGGAAGACAGGAGGCGGCUGGACGCAAACCGAGAUGAUUAUAGAGAGAGACCAAGGGAUAGACCAGGCAUGUCUGGUACCCCGCCCCACAACCAGAUGCAGCAACAGCCCCCAGGGGGAAGGAUGGGUCCCCAGGGCCAGGGACCAGGUGGACAGAUGCACCCUGGUAUGGUACCACAGGGCUGGAAUCGUGGAGAACAGCCACCAUUUGACCAGAGAGGUCCGCCCCAGCCCCCACCCCAGGGUCAAUAUAGCAGAAUGCCCCCACAGGGCCCUCACUUUCAGCAGCCCCCGCCACAUGGCCCACCUCUAGCCAGUGGUCCACCACUAGCCAGUGGUCCACCACAGCCUAACCCGGUCGUCCUGCAGGGUUCCAAGCCGCCCAUGGACGAAGAGGAGGACCGCUGGCGCCAACAGCGCCAGAAGCAAUCGGACGAGAUGACCAAGAACAUUGAGAGGGCUCGCCAACGCCGCCUGCUCAAGGAGCAAGAGGAGGAACAGCUGGACCAAGAUCGCAAAGCGGCCGCCCAGGAGAAACUGCGCAAGCUGGAGGAACGCAUGGGGGAACGACCCAGGCCGGACUCGGAGACGGAAGGGAGCGGGCCAGCUGCUGCCGGCAGUGGGGAGGACAGGGGGAGCGAGUUGGUGCUGCCCUCUAGAGACGGUGGCAAGAGACAGCGGACGGAGAGCGGUAGCAGCGAUGGGUCCGGGCCCAGACAAGGCCGUGAUGGGAGAGGAACUUACCAGCGUCAGCAGCUCAGGAACCUACCACCGCGGUUCCUCAAGCAACAGCAGCAGCACCAACAUCAGCAACAGCAAUACCCGCCACAGCAGCAACACCCGCCACAGCAGCAACAAAAGCCAUAUCCGCAGCAAAUGCCUCCACAUCACGACCCAUCCCUGAGACGUUAUCCCCCUUAUCCGCCACAGCAGCAACAUGAACAGGAGCAGGGGUCAGGUGCGCCACCUCCCCCUCAUCCAUCAUAUCCCUCCCAAAGGGAGUCUGGUGACCCCCGGGAGAUUCGACGGGAGGCCAGGGAUGGUCCCGAUCAGCAAGACGGCCGCAGCGGCCCUCCCAGAGAGAUCAAGAGACAAGAAUCCAACAACAGGAGAAGCCCAGACGACUGGGAGUCCGCUCAGGUGGAGAGCAGAGAAGGGCGGGGUGGGGAGCCGAGAGAUGGGCGUGGUGUGGAGCCGAGAGAUGUGCGUGGUGGGGAGUUGAGAGAUGGGCGUGGUGGGGAGCAGAGAGAUGGGCGUGGUGUGGAGCCGAGAGAUGGGCGUGGUGGGGAGCUGAGAGAUGGGCGUGGUGUGGAGCCGAGGGAUGGGCGUGGUGUGGAGCCGAGAGAUGGGCGUGGUGGUGAGCCGAGAGAUGGACAGGGUGGUGACACCACAAAGGACGGCAGACUCGGCGGGGAGGUGCGGACAGCUUGGACAGCACCUGAAGGUCCACCACAAGAACCAAAAGCUGCACCCCAACCACCAGGUGCAUACCCACAAGCCAGACGAGGUGAUGGCAGAACGGAUAAUCAAGAAAUGAAACCAACCCCAUCCUCAGUCCCAGAUAAGCCCCAGCCAGUCCCUCUCAUGGAAACCCAGCCUCAACCCCACUUUGAGUCAGAGAGGAGGAGAUAUCCCGAUCCAGACAGAGGAGGCAGGAGAUAUGAUUCUCGGUCUGGUGGCAGCGGGCGGGAUGGCCGCCAGCCCCAGCAUCCCAACAGAUCCAGACAGGAAUCUGACAUGGACAGAUAUGAUGAUAGAGUCCCUGGCAAGGGGGACAGUGGGAAGCAUUAUCAUGAGCAACGGAGGAGUAGUUCUGAUCACAAAGAGGGUGUGAAUCAGCAGGCUGAGCGUCAAGCUGCGGAGCCGUCACCAAAAGAGCGACAGUCCAAUACCGAUGGCAAAGCUGCAGACAGCAUCCGUGGGGGAUUCUCAGAGAAGCCAAAACAAGGAUCUGGGGAGCAUAAAGCCUGGUCUCAGUCUGGUAAGCGUCAGGAUGACAGGCAGGUAUCAGAAGGCAAACAGCGCAAAGGAAGCGAUAGUAAGGAGACGGGUCAGCGGGACCGAAGAGACAGAAUCAGUUCCGCUGGCCAUCAGGAAUCCCCUGAAGGCAGGUCAAGAAAUGAUGGCGAGGCAAACAAGAAACGGGAUGCAGUGGCUGAUCUGGGUAAAAAGCCAGGGCAUCAGAAAGAGCCUGCUGAGAGGAAGAAAUGGCAAGAGCCGCCAAGGCUCACCCCUUCCACUACUGAGCAGAGAAAGGAAGGAUCUACAAGGCCUGAUGCAUCAACUGCAGUUUCAGGUGAUGCUGUCAAGGAUAAAAGUAGCUCAGACAAGAACGAUAAAAAGAGUGAUGCUGGUUCAGUAUCCGACAAAUCUUCAGUUGAUACGGUUGAGAGCAAAAGUUGCAAAGAUGCAAAAGACCCCACAGUUGACAAGGGUAGGGAGUCAAGCAGACUCAGACGAGACAGAUCAGACAGACGAGAGAAAUCAGACAGACCGAUCAGACCGGACCAGCCAUAUAGAAGAGACAGAGGAGAGAGGCCAGAUAGACCUCCACGAGGAAGGAGAGAUGGGCCUGUUGCUGAUAGGAGAGAUUCCAGGGGGCGUGGGACCAGAGUAGAUUCGGGUCGCAGCCGGGGUCGCGGCUCAAGACCCUAUGGCUCGGGUUAUUCAAAGGGAAGAGGGGAGCGUCGCUAUCAACCAUAUGAAGGCCGAAGACCAACUCCAAGUGAAGAUUUAGAGGACGUUCCAAACCUCAAUUUAGAAACUGUGGAUGAGGCUGCCCCAGCUAAAGAAGCCAUAUUAAAACAAGGAUCUAAAGGAGAUGACAAAGAAGCAAUAGAAAAGAAAGAAGUUGCUGCAAGUGAGGAUGGGGUGAUGAGGGAGAGCCAUUCAGACGGGAGUGUGUUUAAAAGUGGAGAAAAACGAGGAUUUGUGCCGAGAGGAGAGCCUUCUAGAAGAGGCCGUGGCAGGGGAGGCUCUAGUAGUAAUCGUGGAAGGGGAGGUCCACAAAAUAGGAGUGCAAGUGCUAUGCAUAUGGGAAGAGAUUCAUAUCGGGACCGGGAUGGCUACAAGGGACGGGAUUUCAGAGGCAAGGACAAUUACCGGGAAUGGGAUGGUGACAGGGAUAAGGACAACAGGGACACUAAACGGGAUAACAGCAGAAGAGAUGAUGAAGUCUCUGAUAGGAAACCACCAAGAGACCAAUAUGAACGAUCUGAUAUCAGGAGGGGGAAACCUGGUAAAGGAAGCCGCGUGGAGCAAAGGUUGCGCCCUGAGCGUCCACCAAGAUUCCAGAACACAAGAGGGAGGGGCAGAGGACGUGGGGGACGGGAACCCAGAGGUCGUGGAGGACCUGUUAGGAACCCAGCACCACGGACAAGCAGCAGUAGUGAAGGAGCAAUCACGUCUGCUGCCUCAACUAAGCCAGCCCUGACCAAACAGAACUCCUCAGAUCUGAACAAUGAGGAGUGGGAAACCGCCUCAGAGAGCAGCGACUUCAACGAGAAGAGGGAGAAGACGGAAGAGAAGAAGGAGAAGCCGUCGCAGGAAGCCUGGACGGAGUCCAAGGAGAACAUCCAAGUCAAUCAUAGCAGCAAUAACAGCAUCAACGGAGGAUCGGGAGCCAAGAAAGGUCCGACUGGACAACGACCAACUGGAGACAGAUUCUACAGGAGCAGUGGACGAACUGAACCAGAUGGGCACGAGUCCACAGGGAAGAGCGGGAGCAACCAGCGCGAUGGAAGUCGCAGCUCAUCGUCGCGGGGAAGCGGCUCAUCGGGAAGUCGAGCAGGGGACCGGCGAGUGCCUGGUAACGGUAGCAGCAGCAGCAGCGGUGGCGGCGGAGGUGGGGCUAAUAACAGGAGGUCUGGAGGUAAAAGCGGGCCUGUGUCCACACAGCGGAAGCCCGACGGCCGACCCGUAAGGGAAGAGAAGGUUUUCAGAGUGGAUAGUGUGCAGCUCAAGGAUCCUACUGCUGUCAAGAAUGCCCUGACUGACAUGUCCAACUAUGGCCUGGUCACCAACAAGAAGCCAGCGUCUGCGGUCAUCUCUGGAAAGAUCAGCGGUGCAGGCAACAACAACAGCAGCAGCAACAACAGCAGCAGCAACAGCAGCAACAGCAGCAGUGCCAGCAAGGUCAAGACAACAGCAGAGAAGAAACGAGAAACCAUCGCCAUGUACGAUAUCAACAACUUUGCCAGUGUCGUGGUUGUGGAUGACAAUCCCGAGGUGAUAGUAGAGGACCCCAAUGAGCUACUCACUCCUGACGAAGGCUUCCAAGAGGUGCGCUCCAAGAAGACCCAGAAAGAGCGCCAGAAGGCCCAGGAAGCCGAGAGGAAGAAACAGGAGACGCAGGCCCUUGCUGAGGCCAUGAAGCAGACCCGCAUCAAUGCCCCCUCCAGCAAGCCCUCCCGCAGCCACUCCAAGCUCCCACCACGAUUCAAGCAGCAGGUGAAGGAGUCCCCCAAGGAGUCCCCAAGCACUGCCUCUGCCAGCCGGGCGGUGGGGCCACUCAACAAGGCUCCUGGUACCAAGCCAAUGACGACAGAGCCAGCAAAUAUGGGGCUGCUGAUGGGCCCGUCUAAUGUCAUCAUGCCAACUAGGAGCAGUGCUCUGUCUUCAGCUGCAGCCCAAACCCCUCCAUUGAUCAAUGCCUGGGAGAAGCCUCUACAAGUGCCAGUGGCACCCCUCUCUAACUCCAACCAGAGCAGCCUGGUCAGCAUGACCAUGAUGUCUGGCAUGCCUGCCGUCAAGGCUCAGGGUGCUGGGCCUGGCAAACCUGACUCGGACCAGCACGACAGUGGAGUAGAGCUGAACAGCGACCACCAUGGCUCCAACCCAUCCUCACAGCGCAACUCGCCUAGCGCUGAGAGCAAAGUGGACAAUCGGCUGAUUCAGGAGCUGAUGGCCAGUCAUAUUAGACAGCAGUCACAACAGCAGCCACAGCAGAUGAGCUCCUCGGGAGACCUCCCUGCUUCCAGCGAGUGGUCAUCAUCCCAGCUGAUGAACCUAGAUGCCCCAGCUGUCUCCUCCCAUCCCUCGGUUAGUCAGGAGGCAGGCCGCAGCAGUGACCUAGGCAGGCCAGAUCUCGGGAUACCAGAUAUUGGAUCGUUUGUCAGUUCAGGAGAGACCAUCGGGAUUGGCAAAAGUAACCUGGCACUUUCAGGAAUGAGUUUGGGAACCGAGCCAUCAUCCAGUGCAGUGCCAUCAUCAAGCGCAUCAGUGUCUCACAUUCCCCAAACCAUUGAACUGCCCAAGAGUGUCACCCAGCCACACCCAGUCACCUCCAUGCCGGAGGAUCUGACGCAGAGGCUAGCAUCGGCCAAGCACCUGUGGGACCUGCCUGUCCUCGGAGCCAAUCCUGGCCGGGGUGAAAGUGCCCUGUCCCCCUCUGGCAUGGCUGUCAAUCCAGCACCUGUCUCCAGUCAUCAGGCCAUGGGAGAGAGCAAUCUGGACCCGUCAGAUGUUGAUGAAGAAACUCUGCAGAUGGAAAGUGAACUGCUGACUGAUGUUGCCCCUUCUCAGCCAUCUUCAUCGCACCACCCACUGGUUUCUGACAGCAGCAUGAUGAUGCCAGCGAUAUCCAGCAGCAGCGAGGCCAACUUCUCAGAGUUUUCGCACAGCUCCAGCUUGUCUGUAGUGGAGAGUGUAGCCACCACGACAGUUGCCAGUAAUUAUGGGGAGCUCAAUCCAGAAAGAAUGGUUCUAUCCCAUUCCAGUAGCUCCGCAACCUCCUAUGCACCCUUAACAUCCUCAUUCACAUCAAGCAUGUCCUUCACGUCUUCUGGUGUCUCCAGCAACAUCUCGAAUCCGGCUCUUGUAUCCGAGUCCAGAAUCUUGCAGCUGCCUGGCAGCAACAUGGGAAACAAGAAUCUCUCCAUGUAUACCGCAAUCCCUAACCAGCCCCUUGCCGGGCAGUCGGUGAAUCCGGCCACCUUGCUUUACCCUUCCAUGAUUGGCCUGGAUGGCAAGGUCACCACGCCGGACCAGAACAAGAUGCAGCCAUUUGCCUUUGCCCGGCCGGCAGUCCUCCUUGCACCCACCCAGACGGUACAGGUCAGCAGUGCACAGCCGCAAGGACAAGGGGCCAAUGCCUCUCAGUCAAUGUUUGGGGCCCAAGGCUCAUCAAAUCACUUAUUCUCAGCUUUCCCGACAGGUGAUGCCACAGCACGGCUGAUUCAACCCCCACAAGCCUAUGCCCAACCCCAGUACAAUGUCUCCGUCAUUCAGCCCAACUCUGGGACACUCCCGUUCAACUUGAACCAGACUCCCAAUAUUGCCCCGUCCCCACCAGCGGCUGCCGCACAGCAGUCUUUUGCUCCCCUGAGCUUCUUGCAGCCCAAUCUGACAGGAUCUGUCAUUGCAUCGUCCCUCAGCCAGCCGUCAAUGGCCAGCAACCAGUCUUACCUGUCCUAUGGGUCAGCAGCUUUCACACGACCAGAGAUGAAUAUGCAGAGCAGUGCCAUCAAACCGCAGAGUUCCUUCAAUGGGUUGUCCACAGUUACAAAGACAGUUGCCAGUGUGCCCUAUGGGACUCUGCCAAGCAUCAACAUGCAGCAACCUCCAGUCUAUGGUCAGCGUGCUGCAACGCCAGUGGGCAGCCAGACACGUCUUCUCGGGAAUGCCCUGGUGACACCCAUUUUGCAAUCUAACAUCCACCAAGCCCAACAGCCUGCGUCAUUCUUCACCACCAAUCCUGGCCCAACUCAGCAUUCCGCUGCUGUUGGGUCUGCCGGUUCCACAAACUUCUUCAACUCCCUGAAUUCCCUGACGAGCAACCGCCAAGCAGCAGCAGCAGCGGCAGCUGCAGCAGUCCAGCCACCACAGGGAGCCCAGCACUUGCAGUCACUUGGCACGGUUCAGAUUCAGCCAGCAGGACCUGCCCAACCACAACCAAUGCAGCAGCAGCAGCAGCAACAGCAGCAACAUCAGCAACAUCAGCAACAUCACCCCCAACCAGCACAACUACACUACCAGAGUCAGGGUAACCUGCAGUUUUCUCAAUCUGCUGCUGUUGGGCCCUAUGGCAGCCAGCCAGUAACAGCUCGCAUCACUGGUCACAGUGGGGCUAUAGGGAUGGAUAGGAAGCCCAUGUUGGACAUGCCAGUACCAUCAUCAGAUGAGUCGUCCCUGAUGUCCUCGCCCAAGAGUAGUGACAUGCAGCAACAUGUCGAUGCCAAGCCAUUCAGCCCCAAUCGAAUUUCAGGGGCAUCACAGCCGCCAGAGCCCCAGCGCUCUAGCUCCCGCUCAGAUGUGCCCUCUGUAGUCUCCAUCAACCAGCAGUUUGGAAGUGGUAGCCAGCAGUUUGGAAGUGGUAGCCAGCAGUUUGGAAGUGGUAGCCAUCAGGUCUUGAAGCCGACAUUCCCAAAUGUACCAACCCAAGCAGUGCGUCAGCAGUUUGGGGUUCAAAAUCAGCAGUUUCAGCAGCAGCAACCACAGCAGCAGCAACAGCAACAGCAGCAGCAACAGCAGCAGCAGGCAUCGUUUAUGCCACGUGUACCAGCAUCCACACAAGCAGCACCUCGUGGAAUGACGGUAAGGCCUGGGCCUCCACCACAGCCAUCCUCACAGAUGCAACCACAAGGGUUCCCAUCUCAGCCUGUGCCUCCCCAACUGAUGCGCUUUCCUGCAGGAGCUCAGAUGAGAUUCAGACCGCCAAUGCCACAGGCUAAUGUCAUGCCCCAGAGGAUGCCGACAUCUUCUGCAGCUGCUGCAGGUCCAGCUCCAAGAUCAGUUGAUAGCCAGACGGGGAGUUCUGUCUCCCAGAGUGGUGGCUUCCAGCGUAAGUCAACACCAUCAGCAGGUCCGAGCAAGAGUGCUUCCAGUUUAGGAAACACAAGCACUUCUAAGCCCGGGCCUCCAGGAGAGUACAAACAACCCAGCUCUGAGGGUUCCAAGUCCACAGAGAGAGAAGCCUUGCUGGCCUCAACCAAAGCCUUCUUCACCAAUCUUAAAAAUCAGGAGUCCAGCAAGAGUAGCGGAAAACCCAGCGACAAGGCUUCCACAGAGAACAGUGGUGCUUCCCAGUCGGAUGGGUCCCAAACCAGAGCCUCUGCCAACAAGAACUAAAACCAGACGGUUUCUGACGAAAAUUUCAUCAAUUCCAUCACAGAAAUGAUGGCAGCGGGCUUCUGUUUCUUUGAUGUAGGUUAAGAAUGUAAAUUUAUGUAGUAUUUAGGUGAUCAGGAUUUAAUUUGGUUGCAGUCCAAUGCAGAUUGUGAAAAUUAAUAGGAUUCAUCUGUAGAAACGUAUUUCUGAUGUAAAACCUCUUGAUAAGAUCAAAGUUUUUGUCUUUUCUUAUAAGUUCAAUUUUACCUCACUUUCAAGUAGAAGUUGUAAAGAAAAAUCAGACCAUAAAAUGCAUUGUACAUAGGUGUAUAGAAGGUUCCUUCAAAGUGGUCUUGAUGAAAGUCAAAAUGAACCAAAGCAAGGUCCUGAAAAGGUUGAUCGUGUAUAAAAACCAUGAUCAUGUUGACCUUGCCUUUCUUUUCAGAAAAAGGUCACUUCGGGAUUGAGUAGUAUUGCUGUAGAAUCCCUUGUAUCCUUAUUGAGGCCUUUCUCCUCGAAGUCGUGCACAUUAUAUUAUCAGGUCAGUGAAGUUGAUCUGUACAUGUAUAAAUCAAUUAGCAUAUUCCAUGGUUUGUGUGAAAAUUUCAAUUUGUUUGGUCAGAGAAUGAUCCGAGUGCCAUGACAUUUAUUACCCAGGAAGCAAAGAACAGUUUUGUCGGUGUGUGUAUUGUACAUGAUAGAUAACUUAUUUAAUUACUAAAACCAUUUUUGUUUUCUUCAAAAGCUGAUUUUGGAAAGUGCCACGACCAUGUUAUCAGUAGUUGCAGUUGGCCAGCGCAAAUACAAAUUGCAGUGCACGAGAGUUUUUAAGUUGCACUUUAGGUCAGGUGGUGGUUGUUUUGGUCGCUCAUGUUGUUUUACAUGUACGGUAGAACUUGUGAAAUAUUGCACUUUUGAAGAAUAUGCAUAGUAUCUGCCAAGCAAAAACUGGAUGCAUCUAUUUGUAUUCUACCAUGAAAUGUGUGUGCAUUCUUCUUUCAUGCACUGAAUGUUUAUGUUUGAUAGCAAUAGACUUAUACAUGUAGCUGAAUUGAACGAUAGACUAGCGCUGCCACAGUUAUAUUUAGAAAGUAUUUUAACAUCAUAAUGCUUUUGGUUUUUGUUCGUUUACUUAAAACAUACUCCCUUUUGUGGGAUGAACAUUCAUAUCAGUUUAUAAUUUAGUUAACUUUAACGUGUGUUUGUGAUAAUUCUUUGAAAAAUUGGUGCAUUUGUCAAGCGUGAUCUUUCCCUGUGCAGAGAAAAAUUGUAAAUAACUGUUAAUGAAUAUUCAAGACGAUCGUAAUUUUUAAGGAUUAUUUCUUGAACUUAUGUACUUGUUGAAUAAGAUUGACAUUUCAUCCUUUGUGGGUUUUUUUGUUUUAGUGUCUCCAGAUUCUGAAGACUUGGUGUUCCAAUUUAUCAUUGAGAAAUGUUUGUAAGUCCGUCUUCGAAGGCAGAUACAAUAAGAUGGUGGAAUUGUUCCAAUAGGCAAAACAAUCCAUAGAGUCUGCAUGAAAAGUAUUACUUUCAAAGUUGAGAUUAAGAUAGGCAUGGUAAUUUGGUAUUUUAUAUUUCAUGUUUGUACAGCGAAACUUUUGUUACGAUGUCCUAUGCAAUUUGGGACAUUGUGCCGAUUGCAUUGUGUGCUUUAAUAAGCAAAUGAAAGUAAAAAGCUCAGAAUGUACAAUGUAUCAGUUUUGAGAUAUCAUCACUUGACCCAAGUGACGUAUUGUACUUUUGAAGUGUGUUUAUAUUAAAAAGGAUGUUUGUAACAAAGUUUCAACUGUACCAAAUAUUACCUUAUAUUUCUUCCUUUCUUGUGAUAUCAUUAACAGGGCUUAAUUUAUAGUAUUUAAAUGUAUACAUAGAGUAACAAUUUAACUGUAAGGAAAAUAUAAAGUAUUAGUUUUGAUUAAACUGUUUGAAUUUUUUUUGUUUUGAAAAUUUGGGUUUUUGGUCAUGGACCAAACAUCGCUGCUGCAUGUGUACUGUUGCAUUGUCGGCGUUUACCUGUUUAGAUGUCUCUUCAGUUUUAGUCGCAGUUUGUUUGACGAAUUUUACCAUUUCACGACUUAGUAAGUGCCGUUUGAUGAUGAAGUCGUCUUUGAUUAGUAGUGUAUGAGUUGAAUAAACUAAGCGAAAAUAACUCUUGUUUAUGCAGCAAAGCAUAAGUCGCAUUGGCCAUCUUUCUGAAUAUAGGAAAGAGGCAUUCUUGUUGCCAUUACCGGCUUUUUGUAUAAAAAAUUAAUGUAGGAAUCUUGUUUGAUUUCUACAGUUGUAUAUGUAUAGUGUUUAAAACCAUUCUCAUGUUUCACGAAUGGUAUGGUACCACUUAAGUGGAUGCCUGGGUACCUUUGUGUAAACACUGCAUUCUUUUGGUGGGCACUCUUGGCUCACCAGCUCUAUAGAAAAAUAUUAAUGAAUUCAGAAUGUAGAGGUCAAAAGUCGAUUAAAAAAAUGCUAUGUUGCAAUUUAAAGGA